UCUCAGCCUGUGCCUUUGUGAUCACCUGGCUGCAGCCUGGAAACUAUCCAGUCAUGCCAAGGCAGGUGGCCCGCCCCUCCUCCCUGGGUUGAGGAAGCAGGAAAAGGUGGCAGUGAGAGGCAGUGGGCGGUUUUGUGGGCAAUGAUGGCCGGAGCACCAGCUAGGAUGGGCUUUCUCUGGAGCCUGGCGCUGCCCCUUUUCUUCUGCUGCUGGGUGGCCGGGGCCUUCGGGAGCACUGCAGGCCCCAGCACCAGCGGACCAGGCCCUUUGGUGACCAUGAACCACACAGAAGUGCCUGCUGUGACUCCAGCGCUCAGGACAAGCUCAGAAGGAGCCUUCCAGACCACCGACCUCGGCGAGACCUCUGUGCCAAGCCACGUCCCUCUGGAAACUCAAAUCCUGAGCACCCAGACCUCUGAGAGGACCUUAAUCCCGGGCAGCACCAUUUCAGAAGCAGAGACCGGGGAAACCAAGGCCAUUUUUCUUGCAACAGAGACCAGGGCCCUCACAAAAAUAACACCUUCCAAGUUCAUGGUUGUGAUCACCACUCCUGUGGAGACAUCAGCCACAAGUGACAACCCCACAGGAAGAACUGGAAUGACCGCAGUGCAGACUGUCAUAGGCAGUGAUCUCUUGAGAGCUGCUGUUGACACCCUUUGUUCUGAUGACAGCUCUGAAGAGGCAAAGAGGAUCACACCUGACGUCUUGACAUUGGCUCGCGCCCCCGCAGAAGCCGAGGCCCUGGCCUUGAAGGACAGUGCCUUCUCUGCCAGCUCAGUUCCAGCCACCACCACCUCACAAGCCCUGGUACCUGACACCACAGCUCCGGCUAAAGCCUUGGUUGCCUCCGCCAACACUGACAUUGAGGUUACCAGUGGCAGCGAUAUAGAAAUUGAAACAACUGCCACCAUCCCUGGGACCUCAGACGUAGAUCACAGCCCCACAGGAGGAAAGGCCCUGUCCACCCCUGAGAUGUCAGCUUUGCCCAACUCCACUGAAGCAAAAUCACACCUCACUGAGCCCACAACCUCGGCGGAGACCUUGUCUACAGCUGGUGCCACAGAAUCAGCCACACCUGAUACCACAGUUGAGACCCCAUUCACUGCUAAUAGCACCACAGAAGGAGCAACAACAGCAGCCAAGGCCACCAGCCCCAGUGGAACUUUGGCGACAGUCAGCAUGAAUCCCUGGGAAGAAAUCUCAGUCCUCUCUGCUGAUACAACAAGCCACACUGAGGUCUCAGGAGCACUUACAAUGUCCACAGAGGCUGGGUCAACAGUGGGCAAAGUGACUUCCCCUGCCACGGUUUACAGCCUCUCUGAAGCAGCCACCAUCAAGAGCUCCACCCCCAGAGAGACUUCUACCACAGACAGCACAACCAAUGGGCCAAUCCCCAUCAGCAGCCUCUCUGAAGCAGCCACCAUCAAGAGCUCCACCCGCUCAGAGACCUCUACCACAGACAGCACAACCAAUGCGUCCAUCCCCAUCAGCUGCCUCUCUGAAGUAGCCACCGUCAAGACGUCCACCCCCUCAGAGACUUCUACCACAGACAGCACAACCAAUGGGCCUGUCCCCAUCAGCAGCCUCUCUGAAGUAGCCACCGUCAAGAGCUCCACCCCCUCAGAGACUUCUACCACAGACAGCACAAUCAAUGGGCCCAUCCCCAUCAGCAACCUCUCUGAAGUAGCCACCAUCAUGAGCUCCACACCCUCAGAGACUUCUACCACAGACAGCACAACCAACGUGCCCAUCCCCAUCAGCAGGAGCCCUCUUUCUUCUGUCCAUCUGACUACAGCCUACAGCAGCCAAGAAACAAACAUCACCUUAGCCAAGAACACAGCCUCAGCGAAAACCUUGAAGACAGCCAGCACCGCCAGAGGGAAGCCCCCAACAGCCAUGCCCCCUACUGCUCAGACAAGGUGGACCACAGAAGUUACUGCAGGUGGGGAUGGAGGCUUCCUCCUCCUGCGGCUAAGUGUGGCUUCCCCAGAAGACCUUACUGACCCCAGAGUGGCAGAGAGGCUGAUGCAGCAGCUCCGCCGUGCACUGCAGGCCCACACGCCUCCCAGCCAAGUCUCCCUGCUGCGCGUCAGGAGAGGCUGAGGAACACCAGCUGCGGCCAGGCAUGGCCGCGUGCCAAAGGAGGACAAAGCUGCCUACAGCC